AUGAGCACCACAAUCUACCACGACGACCACCUCACCCUCACCCUCUCCACCCACCCAACAACCCGCGGCCACACGCUCGCACACCUCACCAACCCAGCCAAACUCCCCCUCUUCACCCUCCCCAAACCCACCUUCAUCCAAACCCUCACCAAGCUCCGAACCCUCUCCACCACCCUCACCAAAUACCACCACGUCCACCGCACCGCCCUAAUCACCACCGGCGGAACCACCAUCUCCCUCCUCCCCCUCCACGGCCUCACCCCAACCUGGACCCCAAUAACCAACCCCUCGACCACCUUCCACGCCCACCCCCCAAACCACAUAACAUCCAAGAACGCCCCCCGCAUGCCCGACCCCCUCCUCACCUCAACCCUCCACACCAUCCUCCCAUCCUCAAACCUCCCCCCCGACCCCACAAACCACAACUAUACCUUCCACGGCCCCGCAACCGACACCAACCUCUUCGCGCGGAUCAUCCGAGGCGAGCUCCCGCAAUGGCGCGUCUGGGAAGACGAACACCACGUUGCCUUUCUCACUCCGUUUCCUAAUACACCUGGGUUUACGGUGCUAGUGCCGCGAGUUCAUCUGGGGAGUGAUAUUUUGGGGUUGGAGAGGGCGGCGUUUGAGCGGUUGAUGGGGGCGGCGUAUACGGUGGGGAGGGUGUUGAUGGAGGCCUUGGGGUUGAGGACGUGUGGGAUGGUGUUUGAGGGGUUUGAGAUUGAUUAUGCUCAUGUUAAGCUGAUUCCGGUCGCUGGGGAUGGGGAUGGGGAUGCGGAUGCGGAGGGAGGGGAGAGGGAGGUGUUUCGUGAGACGUAUCCGGGGUAUGUGAGUUCUUUGCCGGGGCCGGAGGUUGAGGAUUACGGGGAAUUGGUGCGCAUGGCUGGGGAGAUUCGGAGGUUGAUU